AUGAGUACUACUAGUAUAUAAUCGGAUAAAGAAUACAAAGGAAUUUAAAAGAUUUAAUCAUUGUCACCGUAAUAAUCAUAAAAUUAUUUAGUAAUAAGAGUCAUACGUAUUUCUAAUAAACUUAAAAAUAGCAUAAUUAUUUCAAUUAACCGAAUUAACAAAAAAAAGCUUAGAACAAUAAUGAUAACUAAAAAAACUCUUAUAUUCUAAAUAAAAAAAAGAGUCCUGAAAUUAAUGAAAAAAAUAAUUUAUCUUAACAAUAAAAUAAAAAUAAAAGUUUUUUAUUAGAAGAUUCUAAUUAUCAAAUUUACGAUUGUAUUAGUACUUUUUAAUUACGAUAUGAGAAACUAUUAUUAUGUGAGAAUUUAUUGUUUUAUUAUAAAUCAUGUUGUGAUUACUAAGAAAAUUAAAAUAAAGAAUAUAAAAAAAUGGAUGGAAAGUUAUAUUAAACUAAUUUUGAUGAGAAUAAGAAUCCAAAAUUUAAAAUUUAAGAAGGCUCUUUUUCGGUUAACUUAAGUAAAUAAAAAUUUGUACUAAGUGAAAACGGAAUAGAGUAUUUAGGCAAAUCAAAUACUAUAAAAAAUAGUCCAAUUAGAGAUUAUGACGAUGGAAAUAAUAAAAGGUCAAAAAGUGCUCCAAAUACAAAAAUUGUGAUAAUUGAUGUUUCAACUGGUUUAUAAGUAAAUAAAAAUUAUGCAAUAAGAAAUAAUAAAAAUGAAUUGCUCUCUUGUUGGUGCAAAUAUAAUUAAUAGUUUUGUAAGAAAGAUAAUUUAAUUUUAUCAAAUAAAGGACGAUUAACAAGCAGCAUUAUUGAUGGCUAUGUUAUGUAUUUAAAUUUAGAAAGUGAAAGAAUUUAUUUUAAAAUGUAAUAAAGAAAUCGAUAAGAAAUAAAUAGGAUAUUAUUAUUACCAUCUACUCUAACUACUAAUUUUGGAAAAGAUUAUAGUGAUUAACAUUCAAAAUUACUCUUCGAAACUGAGUUACUUGAAUUUUAAGAAUUGAAUUAUGAAUUAGAACGUAUCUAUUCAUAUAUAGGUAUGCCUGUAAAUUAGAAUAAUUACCAUUGGUAUUUUUUACUUUUUGAUUUAAAACAGAAAAUAUGUACCAUUUUUGACUCUUUGUAAUAGCCUAAUAUAAAUAUGAAUAUAGAUUAAAAGUUACUUUCAACUCUAGAAAAAUUAUUAAAAAUAAAGGAUUGUAAAAGAGAGUUAUCCUUAUUUUCUGGUUAGUAAUUUGAUGGUUAUUCAUGUGGAUACCAUGUUUGCUAAUUUAUGAAGUAUUGCAAUGAGAAAUAGUUUUAAUCAAAUGUAAAAUAUAAUUACAAUUAAAGUGAAAUUACAGAAAUUUUAUUAAAAGUUAUUCAAUAAUAAUAAUAAUGA